CAGAACGUCACUUGGUACAGCCAAAAUUUCUAGCGUAUUAUUUUUCCAACAUUUAAUCCCAAACAGUGUCGACAGCUCUCAAAGCAGUGAGCAAUAGUCCAAGGACAGUGAGGAGGAGGCGGAGGAGUGUCGACAUUAGAUCGGCUCAAAGGCUCGAGCAAGGUAUACCGAGAUCAUGGCGCAGCCUCCUCAUCCGCUCGCGACCCUCGCUCAAAUCCUGACCACGCCGUCUCAGAAGGAUGGGCUGCCCAGCGAUGUCGAAGCGGAUCUGAGGGUCGUAGGAUGCAUGAUGAUACAAGAGGCAGGAAUCAUGUUGGAGCUGCCUCAGAGCACUAUCGCGACUGCUCAAGUGCUUCUCAAUCGGUUCUACUAUGUCAGCUCCAUGCUCUCGUUCGGCGUCAACGACAUCUCUAUCUCUGCGCUGUACCUCUCCUCGAAGCUCAACGAAACGCCCGUACGACUCCGAGACCUCAUAAACACAUACAUCUUUCUCGUCGCCCGCAUCAAUCAUCUCCUUUCAUUACAUGCGGAUCAACCGCUCGCCUCGCCAUCCACAGCGUCUUCCUCCAAGAGCGCCUCCAAGCCGUGGGGUGACGAGCCGGAGCCAUGGCGGAUCGGAUUGGGCAAUGGACAAAGUACGGCGAAAGGCAAGGACAAGGCCGAGGAUCAGGAUGGGAUCUGGAAGGGGUUCAGAUUCGAAGUUCCUGGCUUUCACGAUGAGGUGUUCUGGGACUGGAAGGACGUGAUUGUCGGGUCUGAGAUGCAGAUUCUCAAGCGUUUGGGGUUCAAUAUGCAGGUGGACCUGCCGUAUAGUCAUGUUAUCAACUACUGCAAGAUUCUCGACUUGGUCUUCGAGCCAGAUGUUGCUCAAACUUGCUGGAGCAUUCUGAAUGACGCGCUCCUGACGCCUCUCUAUGCGAUACAUCAGCCUCACACCCUGGCCUGCGCAUCCAUUUUACUCAGUACUCGUCUUUUACGCAUACCACUGCCUAAGGACUGGUGGAUAUUAUUCGACGUAGAAUGGGACGAUAUUUGGUCCUGCGCAGGCACAAUCAUGAGACUAUGGCAUGACUGGGGACUAGGUCCAUUGAGAGAUGCAGGAGCUGCGCGUGGCCCCAAGUCACGGCGCGAUGAACCGAGGGAAGCGGUUCACGUCGUGUGGGAAAAGGCUAUACCGGGGAGAGAAGCGCGAUGGCGAAGAGCCUGGAUCUUAUCGCAGGGUCGCAAAGUAGUGAGAAAGUGGGUGGAGGGGAGAGACAAGAGCUAGUGCAGCUGGCAAUGUAUGCUGGACUAUUUGACAGUUCCCCAGAAGGGGCAUUGCCGUGAAUUGGAUGUGCCGUGGUCAUUUCGUCAAUCUGCCACUCGGGACAAGAACAAUUCGCUGCCGGA